AUGCCGACCGUAUCUGUUUUCGAGGACGAGCUAAAGGCAGUUCUAGGUCAGGACCUCACAGAGGAAUCCUUCGAUCAGCUAUGUUUCGAAUUCGGCCUUGAAUUGGAUGAGGUCACCAGCGAAUACGAAAUGUACACUAGGGAACGUGGUUAUGACGCCAAAGAGGCCGAUAAGAAGUCUAAGCGUGUAAUCUAUAAAGUUGACGUCCCUGCUAACCGUUAUGAUCUCCUGUGUCUAGAAGGCCUCACUACUGCUCUACAGGUGUUCAAGGGGCUUAUGGCUCCACCCACUUACACUCUCGAGCCCGCUGUGCAGACCGAUAAGGCACUGACCAUGACUGUAAUAACGUCUUGGAGGAGAAGGUCUUCUNNNNCCAUCAUAAAAGACGCCCCGUUGUAUCCUGUUAUUAGGGAUGCUCAGAAGCGUAUCUUGUCCUUGCCUCCUAUUAUCAAUUCUGAUUUCUCUAAGAUCACUCUGGACACUCAUGACGUGUUCAUCGAGUGUACUUGUACUGACCUCACUAAGGGAAAGACGGCUGUUAACAUGCUGGUGACAGCUUUUUCGCAGUACUCAGCAAAGCCUUUCACCAUCGAGCCCGUACCAGUGACUUACUCGCCGGCCCACGCCUCGAGAUGGGCGGGCCGUACUAUGGUCACCCCUGACCUUACCUCGCGGGUUAUCGAGGUCUCGGGGUUGAGGCUACGCAAGGCCCUAGCGAUCGAGGAUAAGAUUGGUGAUAAGCAAGUGGCAAGUGACCUUACGAGAAUGUUCUUACCAUCGAAGGUGGUGGAUGCCGCGAAGAACACUAUAGAAGUUACUGUACCAGUGACGAGGAGUGAUGUUAUGCACGAAUGUGACCUUAUUGAGGAUCUUGCUAUCUCUUAUGGUUAUAAUAAUCUCGAGGCUACCGUCCCUCUGACUGUUACCUUUCCGAAGGAGCAACCGAUCAAUAGACUAUCUGAUAUGAUGAGGUCGGAGUGUGCAAUGGCUGGCUUCUGCGAGUGUCUUACGUGGGUGCUCCUGAACACUAAGGAGAACUACGAUUAUCUUAGAAGAGAUGUGAAUCUCGAGCUGACUGGCAAGGAGCCUAUUCCUAGGGUCUUCCAAAAGCACCCUCCAACUGGCGGUAAGAGCCCCAAGUCUAAGCUUGCUGCUCAUGAUGCUGUAUCCCAAUACUACUCGUAUGAGCUCAAUCCGGUUCCUGUGCAACUGUCAAACCCUAAGACGAAGGAUUUCGAGAUCUGCCGUACUAGUCUGAUCCCUUGCCUCCUCAAGGUCCUGCAGUCCAACAAGCAUAAUCCUCCUCCGAUCAAGCUAUUCGAGGUUUCGGAUGUGGUAGUGCAAUCGUCUCUCGCUGAGACUGGCGCCCGAAAUGAGCGGAGAUUGGCGGCACUUAUAGCGGGCACGAAUAGUGGCUUUGAGACUAUCCAUGGUUUAUUAAACCAAAUAAUGUGGUCACUCAACCUUGCGGCUGAUUUCGCGGAGAACGUUAAUAAGAGGGUUCAAAGGCGUUACCAUCUGGAGGAGAUCGAUGAUGCGGCUAUGUUCCCUGGCCGGCAGGCUAAGGUCAUGGUUGGCGAUGUCUGCAUAGGCAUCCUCGGUGUGUUGCACCCUGAGGUUCUCGAAAACUUCGAUAUGAGCUUCCCAGCUUCGGUCCUCGAGAUUACCCUGGAGCCUUUCUUAGAGUGGUUGAGGGAGUAAGAGCUUAAGACACUGGAUCAUUCA